CCAGGAAGCUGCCGCUGGUCCAGCAUGGCCACGCGGGUCCAGCCGCUCCUGCCCGUCCUGCUGCUGCUCUGGGGGGGCUGCCUGUGCCCGCCCGUCCGCGCCGGGCUCUACUUCAAGGAGGGGCAGCACUGCUACAAACCAGCCCCGCGCAAGGCUCCUGGGCUCAGGACGUACCCCCGCCCGCACGAGUACCUGGAUGUGUCGGCGCUGCCGCGGAGCUGGGACUGGAGGAACGUGGAUGGAGUGAACUACGCGAGCACCACUCGGAACCAGCACAUCCCGCAGUACUGCGGGUCCUGCUGGGCCCACGGCAGCACCAGCGCCCUUGCAGACAGAAUCAACAUAAAGAGGAAAGGAGCAUGGCCCUCUGCCUACCUCUCUGUUCAGAAUGUCAUCGACUGUGCUGAUGCCGGGUCCUGUGAAGGGGGAGACCACUCUGGGGUCUGGAUGUACGCCCACGACCACGGCAUUCCCGACGAGACCUGCAACAACUACCAAGCCAAGGACCAAAAGUGUAAGAAGUUCAACCAGUGUGGGACUUGUGUCACUUUUGGAGAAUGUCACGUGAUCAAGAACUACACUCUCUGGAAAGUUGCUGACUAUGGGUCUGUCAGUGGACGAGAAAAAAUGAUGGCAGAAAUCUACACUAAUGGGCCAAUUAGCUGUGGUAUCAUGGCUACUGAGAAGCUGGAUGCCUACACAGGAGGCCUCUACACAGAGUACAACCCCUCUCCCACAGUGAAUCACAUCGUGUCUGUGGCCGGCUGGGGCGUGGAAAAUGGGACAGAAUAUUGGAUUGUCCGGAACUCGUGGGGUGAACCCUGGGGCGAAAGAGGGUGGCUGAGAAUUGUGACAAGUGCCUACAAAGGUGGGAGAGGAGCAGACUACAACCUUGCUAUUGAAGAGGACUGUACAUAUGGAGAUCCUAUACUUCCUUGAUUCUAUGUUGUACAGAUUUGUUUAGGAACUACUUUGUUUGGAAGCUUCCCUGCACAACCUUUUUUUGUCUAAGACUCUCUCACAGUUCCACACCAUCAGGCAGUUCUGCAAAAUUAGCCCAGACAGCACCACACAAGUGCUUCAAAAAGUACAGGGCUGCCUUGAGAUAAUUAUUUACAACUUAAUUUGCCCAUGAAAGAGUUGUCUGUCUUGAUGCACAGUAUUGAAA